AUGCCGACUAAGACUAGGAUCGAUAUGGUGUUCGAAAACUUAUUUUCCGCCACGUUCGACCCGACGACCGGGUUCUCCCCCAUCACCAAGACAGUGUGCGCCCCGAGAGUCACCACCCACACAACCAGCACCGUCACCACUACUUCGACCUUUGUCCCCGCAGACGUCUGGACAACGGUCAGUGCAACAGUCACAUCAACCAUCACUUCAGCAACGACCCUCCCACCGACAACACGGACAUUUACAACGACCAACGCCGUCACAGAGUCAAGCACAACCUCUUUCUUUGCCGCCUGCGCCACCAACAACAUAGCCGGCGCUCUUCUAUCAUCGGACUUUGGUGACGUCGCAGGUCAGUAUAUCAGUAACUAUAAUCUGGCAGGGCUCCCGGGGGCCGAUGCGUACUGGACCGACGCGAUCACUCCGUAUGACUGCUGCACUGCCUGUAUACAGGAUGAAUCUUGCGGAUUAAGUAUCCUCAACAGCCAAGGGUCCUGCUAUAAAAUUGACGGGUCGACGUGCUCGCAGCCCAAUUGUGUGGAUGCAUUCUUCGGGACGACCGCCACGUAUCAUUUGACAAUAUCAAAUGGAAACUGCGCAGAGCUUAUUGGGCAAAAUAGGUAA